AUUCGAUAGAUGACAACAAACUCCGCCUACGCCGGCAAAAAUCUGCGACACCGCCACGAAAAUUUUACAAACUCAAAUAACUUUAGAUAUAUACAAAUUAAAUUAUUAGCUAAUCAUGUUCGAGACACUGUACAACCUGCCCUUCCACAUCCUGGUGCCGCCGAACAUCAAGGUCCGCAAGUUUAGCAUUCCAAUGCCCUCACCGAUGGCCGUUUUCAGUGUGAUUUUGUUUUCCUAUUUUCUGGUGACAGGCGGUAUUAUUUACGAUGUGAUUGUGGAGCCGCCAAGUCUGGGAGCCACCGUGGACGAGCACGGACACUCGCGUCCAGUGGCCUUUAUGCCCUACCGCGUGAAUGGGCAGUACAUCAUGGAGGGUCUGGCCAGCAGCUUCCUGUUCACCGUCGGCGGUCUGGGAUUCAUCAUCAUGGACCAAACCCAUGCGCCGGGAAAGACGAACCUCAACCGCCUGCUGCUCACCGCCAUGGGAUUCAUUUUCAUCCUGGUCUCCUUCUUCACCACCUGGCUGUUCAUGCGCAUGAAGCUGCCCAGCUACCUGCAGCCCUAGAAUCUCUACUAAAAGCUGCUUGAUCAACGCCCUCUUAGUAUUCUCUUACAGUCGAAUAUCUAUAAAUCGAACCGCAUUCAGUUCAUUUACUAUAAAAUGUCACUAUUCCAAUGCUGUCGCAUAAACAAUGCAUUUGUACAACAAAUCUGAAUAAUUAA